CUCGCGAUAUUUUGGACCAGUCGUGGGAUUUUAGAAAUCGAGGGUUGUGGCAGAGGGGGGCUACGGCUGCUUCAUGGAAGCGACUGGAACCAGAUGAACCUCUGUAGCGUCCUUACAGCUGUUCUGUGAGCGCAGAGUGAUUAUUUGCAGGUGGAAGUAAAAGGAACUCCUUAAUAUGAGUGAUGAUAAACCCUUCCAGUGCACUGCUCCUGGGUGUGGACAGAGAUUCACUAAUGAAGACCAUUUGGCUGUCCACAAACACAAACAUGAGAUGACACUGAAGUUUGGCCCAGCAAGAAAUGACAAUCUUAUCAUUGCAGAUCAAACUCCUACACCUACCCGCUUUUUAAAGAAUUGCGAGGAAGUUGGUCUCUUUAACGAACUUGCAAGUCCUUUCGAUCAUGACUUCAAAAAAUCGACUGAAGAUGACAUCAAAAAGCUACCCCUGGAUUUGUCGCCUCUUGCUACACCAAUUAUACGCAACAAAAUUGAAGAACCCACAGUAAUAGACACACAUAGAGACAGCCCACUGCCUCAUCCUGAAUCCACUACAAGUGAUGAUAAGGACUUAUCUUUGCAGCCAGCCUCACUGCCAACAUCCACUAUAGUCCACCCUGCAUCCCUCCAAGUUCCCAAUGUACUUCUAGCAACCACAGAGGCUAGUGUUGUAAUACAGCCAGCUCUCCCAUCGCCAACAUCUAGCUCUGUUAUUACCCAAGUCCCCUCCACUAAUAGGCCUAUAGUCCCAGUGACUGGUACCUUCCCUGUGCUCUUACAGUUGCCUAAUGGCCAGACCAUGCCAGUUGCAAUACCUGCAUCAAUAACAAGCUCAAGUGUACAUAUCCCAACUACAAUCCCACUUGUCAGACCUGUCACCGUAGUGCCUGCCGUCCCUGGAAUCCCUGGACCUCCCUCGCCACAGCCUCAACCCAUCCAAUCAGAAGCAAAGCUGAAACUGAAAGCCACAUUAAGCCAACAGCUUCCUCAGGUAACCAAUGGAGAUGGAGGCGACGUCCAGACCAGUGCAGUAACCCACAAUGUUAAUCCCGCUUCCCCUGCUCCGACACCGACUCCAGUCCCGACUCCAUCCCCGGCGCCGGCUGCCAUCCUAACUCCGGCUCCCCAACUGCCUACAACUGAGGAAGCCUCCACACAUUCCCUUCAGCAGCCAGCCACCUCCACCACAGAAACACCCGCUUCCCCUGCUCCUCCUGUGCCAAAUCCUCCAACCACAGGGGGCCGGCGGCGCAGAACCACAAGCGAAGACCCCGAUGAGAAGAGACGCAAGUUCCUGGAGCGUAACCGGGCCGCAGCUUCUCGCUGUCGACAGAAGAGGAAAGUGUGGGUCCAGUCUCUGGAAAAGAAGGCUGAGGACCUGGGCUCCAUGAAUACACAACUACAGAAUGAAGUCACCCUGCUGAGAAACGAAGUGGCUCAGCUGAAGCAGCUUCUUCUGGCUCAUAAAGAUUGCCCUGUAACCGUCAUGCAGAAGAAGUCUGGCUAUCACAUUUCCGACAAAGAUGAAAGCUGCGAGGAGAUGUCCGUCCCCAGCAGCCCGCAGAAUGAGGCCAUCCAGCACAGCUCCGUCAGUACCUCCAACGGGGUCAGCAGCUCCUCCUCAACGACCCAGGCGGUCUCAGCCCCGCCCAGCGCCGCUUCGGCCACAUCAAAGCAGAGCACAGAGGAGAGCCAACCGCGGAGGGCCAGCACCCGGUCCCAGCCCUCAGGGAGCUGAUCAUCCCAAACUGUUCCAGAGCGUCCCACACUGGAGUGCUAAUGGCUCUCAAACCUUUUUGUGACAAACAGAGGAAAGGGGUUGUCGCUCAGCUUCAGCUGUGGACCAUACACUUUAAUUUAUUCUCAAUUGUUUGGGUAAAUGUUUGUUAACUUUUGUACUUGAUAGUCUAUGCUUUUAAAGAUGCAAUGUUUUCUCUUCACAAAAAAAAGCACUUUAGGUGUAACUUGUAAAAAACGUUGCUUUUAGUUGUUUUCAUAUACGUUUGACUUAUUUAUUUUGUACAGCAGCAAACAACAAAAAAAGUAUUUAACAAAUUAACAUUUUCUCAACUAUUCUACUUCUAACGGGGUUAUUGAGAUGAAAUCCACACCAGAUGUUGGUUGCAACCCAAACUGUGUGCAAAUAAGAAUUAUUUUUAAUAAACUAAGAUUUAGUUUAUCAACUAAAAUAGAACGGAACAUAGAACAAUCUUUUUGGUAAUAAGAGCUUUAAUACAAGAAAAACAACCCACACCGUGAGGUUCCUACCUCCAAACUUAGCUGCUGGUGUGGCAUUGUUGGGUUGAUAUCCAAUGCUAUUUUUCAUCAGAACAUGUUGUGUCCAACAGCAUCCUAAGUGUUUUAAGUUUAGUCUGAUUCUCACUGUAGUUCACUGACUUGCCAAAGUGUUUCACGGUAAACUUUAAAUGAGCAUCAGAAUGUUUUUUUUUUCUUCAGCAUAGAAGUCUGGCACUUGCACCCCCAGGUUCAGUGACUUAUUUUUGUUUUCAGGGAAAAAGUGAACUUCUUAAAUCUUUCUCAAUUUCUCUUUGAUUGGUCUUUUGUUCUUGAGCAACUCUUCUGAUUAUUCUAUUGGCUCCUCUGUCAUCAACUCAAUGAUGCACCAAAGUGCUAAAACUCAAAUCAGAAAAAUGCAACUGCAGUGAAAUCAGUAUGUUUUCCAGCAAUGUUGGAAAGGUCUUGAGAAAACUCUUUGCUUUUAUCAAUCAUGAGAUACUUAUUCAUACGCCAUUUAAUUGGACUAAACCUAAUUAUAUUGAUUUGUACUGAUAUGGAGGAUAGCUUUCUAAAUACUGGCAGAUUUGUUCUGAUUUCCUGGCUGGCUGUGAAUUUUUUCAACUUUUUCUGCUUAAUUAUUCUCUCCCACUUACUACACGUGUCUGAAUGUAUGUAUUGUUUUGAUUUCUUUCUAAAUUUGCAUUAUUUUGGUUCUCACUAACCUAUGGUGUGAAUUUCAUGCAAAUAUUCCCAUUUGAGAACUAUUUACUGAGAAAAAGGUUACGGUGUUCAACACUUUAUCACCUGCUGUAUCUUAUUCUUUUUCAAUUGAAGGCAGUCAUUUGCUCCAUCAUUAAGUUUACCAAAGUGCUUAGAGGCUCAUUUGUCUUAAUUGAUUCAUAAGCACUCUCUUUGACGAAGGUGUUUUUUACUUUGUGUUCUUUGACCAUUUUGCACAUAUUUAAGAGAUGACGGGUUUUACUUUCCAAGAGUUUGUUGAGCACUGGCAGCUUUUUAGAAGUAGAUUUUUGAAUGCUGACACAAACAUUACAUAGCUGAAUUUGGCUGAGCUCAGCCGUAGUGUUGUAGUGCAAGUUUGAAUGUUUGAGCUCACCUCUGCAUGUAAAAUAGUCUGAGGGAGGUGAGCUGCUUAGAUCUGUGUGUUUUCUCAUUAACAUUCCAGCUGUAGCCUGAUUGUCCCUGAAGCAGUGAUUGUAGGAUUGCAGUACCUUUUUUUUAUAUAUAUAUUUCUCAGUCUGUGGUGAUGUUGACCUUAUUCAGUGCCAUUAAUGUAUUUUACAUAAACAUUUUUUUUAAAAUGCCAAUUAAGCUUGAGUUGAUUGUUGUUUUCCCAGAUUUAAAGGGUCCCAUGAACAUGUUGGUUCUGCAGAGAUUUUCCUGCUUCGUAAACAGUUUGCUUUGCAAGUGACUCUUUAUGGCUUUAGCAUAUAAUGCAAAACUCUUCAGAACGUUAAGCUUUCUGUGAACAAGAACAUUUUUACGAAACAUUGUAAAAAAAAACAACAUCAAUGUAUCAUAUGUGGUCCUUCUUCAUAUUUGAUAGGGCUUUAGGAUCUCAGCUCCAUUAGCUGUCAAACUGACUCUUUAGGACAAGCCUCUUACUGACUCAAUAGGGUUAUCAUGUAAAAUGCCAUCAUUCAGAUGUGAACUGGAAUUACAUCAGUUACAUUAGUUACACUACAACUAAAGCUCCUGAAUAAUUAUGACUAUUGAAGUAACCGUAAGAAGCAAAUUUCAACUUUAAAAGUCAGUUUACAUUUUCCUUCUUAGUCUUUACUGGCUUACUACUGUGUAGUUUUAUAAACAGCAAACACAUUGUUUUCUUAAAAUGUGAUUUUUAAGGUUUUAUUGUUAUGUGCUAUCUGCAUGAGAUAACAAUUCUCUGCGAGAAUUUUACUGUUUAUUUAUGUCUGAAUUAAAAAAACAAAACAAUAUGAAACAAGUUAUUACAACUUGACUUGUAGAAGUUCUGUGAUUUUUUAUUUGUUUUUGUUUUUUUUUUUCACCCGAGCUGUAUGGCUACAAACGGGUUGUGAUACUGUGUUGACAGUGUAAUUGUAAUGUGAAAGUUCUGUAAAAAAAAAAAAAAAAAAAAAACGAUAAGUUGUUGUAAUAAA